AUGAAUCCCAUGUCCCAUCUCUACUACAAAAAGAGCAGCUACUCUCCGUACCGGGACAGAAUCCCUCUUCAGAUAGUCCGGGCGGAAUUAGAGCUUUCACCAGAAGAGCGCUCUUUCCUUUCGGCUGUGGAAAAGGGUGACUACGCGGGGGUCCAACAUGCACUGCGUGAGGCUGAGGUGUAUUACAAUAUUGAUGUAAACUGUGUGGAUCCAUUAGGCCGCAGUGCACUACUAAUAGCGAUCGAGAAUGAGAACCUUGAGGUGAUGGAACUUCUUUUGGAUCAUGGGGUGAACACUGGAGACGCUUUGCUCUACGCCAUCCGCAAAGAAGUGGUGGGAGCCGUGGAGUUACUGCUGUCCCACAGGAAACCCAGUGGAGAGAAACAGGUUCCAUCAUUAAUGAUAGACACUCAGUUUUCAGAAUUCACGCCUGACAUCACACCCAUCAUGCUCGCCGCCCACACAAACAACUAUGAGAUCAUCAAACUCCUGGUCCAACGCAAAGUCACAAUCCCUCGGCCGCAUCAAAUCCGCUGUGACUGUGUGGAGUGUGUGUCCAGCUCAGAGGUGGACAGCUUGCGUCACUCUCGUUCUCGCCUCAACAUAUAUAAAGCACUAGCCAGCCCCUCUCUCAUAGCCCUCUCUAGCGAGGAUCCCAUCCUUACCGCUUUCAGACUGGGCUGGGAACUCAAGGAGCUCAGUAAGGUGGAGAACGAGUUCCGACAAGAAUACGAGGAGCUUUCUCAACAGUGCAAGCUCUUUGCUAAAGACCUGCUGGACCAGGCACGUAGCUCCCGUGAGCUGGAGACCAUCCUCAAUCACCGUGAUGACCAGAGCGAGGAGCUGGACCCAAGAGAGUGCAGAGACCUGGCCAAACUCAAACUGGCCAUUAAAUACCACCAGAAAGAGUUUGUGGCUCAGCCAAACUGUCAGCAGCUCUUGGCCACACUGUGGUAUGACGGCUUUCCUGGCUGGCGGCGACGCCACUGGGCGGUAAAGCUGAUCAUGUGUUUCAUUAUCGGCCUGCUCUUCCCAGUCUUCUCGCUGGUCUACCUGCUGGCUCCAAAAAGCACGCUGGGACUGUUUAUCAAAAAACCCUUCAUCAAAUUUAUCUGCCACACGGCCUCUUACCUCACCUUCCUCUUCCUCCUCCUCCUAGCCUCGCAGCACAUAGCACGCACCAACCUACACAUACAGGGCCCUCCACCCACUGUGGUGGAGUGGAUGAUACUACCUUGGGUGCUGGGCUUCAUCUGGGCUGAAAUUAAGGAGAUGUGGGUUGGAGGUUUUAAUGAGUACGUCCAUGACUGGUGGAACCUGAUGGACUUUGCUAUGAAUUCUCUCUAUUUGGCAACCAUAUCGCUUAAGAUUGUUGCUUAUGUCAAGUACAAUAGUUCUCGUCCUCGGGAGGAAUGGGAGAUGUGGCAUCCAACGCUGAUCGCCGAGGCUUUGUUUGCCAUCGCAAACAUCUUUAGCUCGCUGCGGCUCAUCUCCCUCUUUACGGCAAACUCUCACCUGGGCCCUCUGCAGAUCUCUCUGGGUCGCAUGCUGCUCGACAUCCUCAAGUUCCUGUUCAUUUAUUGUCUGGUGCUGCUAGCCUUUGCCAAUGGACUCAACCAGCUUUACUUUUACUAUGAAACCGAGGCUGCAGAUGAACCCAACCACUGCAAGGGGAUCCGUUGCGAGAAACAGAACAAUGCAUUCUCUACGUUAUUUGAGACUCUUCAGUCUUUGUUCUGGUCGAUAUUCGGCCUCCUGAAUCUGUAUGUAACCAACGUAAAGGCUCGGCACGAGUUCACAGAGUUUGUCGGCGCUACAAUGUUUGGCACCUACAACGUCAUCUCACUGGUGGUUCUGCUAAACAUGCUCAUCGCCAUGAUGAACAACUCUUACCAGCUCAUUGCUGACCAUGCUGAUAUCGAGUGGAAGUUUGCUCGGACAAAGCUGUGGAUGAGUUACUUUGAAGAGGGGGGGACACUCCCCCCACCAUUCAACGUCAUCCCCAGUCCGAAAUCAUUCUGGUACCUGUGUCGAUGGGUACAUGAGCGGCUCUGCAGGUCAGAGGCUGCUCUGCCUGAAGACCCUCACAAACACGACAAUCUUAAGGAGUUUACGGAAAAACAUGCUGACAGGCUGAUACAGAAUCAGCAUUAUCAGGAGGUGAUUCGUAGUCUAGUGAAGAGGUAUGUGGCAUCCAUGAUCCGCAGUGCUAAGACCAACGAAGGGCUAACAGAGGAGAACUUUAAGGAGCUGAAACAGGACAUCUCCAGCUUCCGAUAUGAAGUCUUGGACCUUCUUGGCAACAGAAAGCCACCCCGGCGCAACUAUUCGUCCAGCAGCGAUGUCACACUUCGAGAUGAGGUCAGUGAUGACGAGGAGGCAUCGAGCAUCAACUGUCACCACAGCGAUGGGAGCAGCAUCGGGGCCAAGGGCGUGUCUUUCAAAAACAUCACACCUUCAGAUCCAUUGUAUGGAGUCUCCGCUCUCUUUCGGUCUAUCUCUGGAAAGGAGAUUGCUAUGGCAACUACAGCAUCGUCCACGUACAGGGAGGGUAAACCAAAGAUCAAUGGACUGAGGAAGAACACCUCACCCUCCUCUUCCCUAUCCUCCGUGGCUCCAGCAAGACCUGCACUCUCACGGACCUGGAGGCGGUUUUCACGCUUCUCGAGUGCCAAGAAGAACUCCUUUAGACGGCUCGGACUGCUUUUUUCACGCAUGGGCAGUCAUCUUCCCCAACCUGCAGGUGUAACUGCUGCAACUUACACUAUCUCAGAUGGAUUGCUUCACCCGUCAGGGGCAUGGCGUGACUUGGGCUUCACCAGGGGUGAUGGUCCAGUCACCCGCACCGAGACCAAUCUUAAUCAGGUGGAUGUGGAUGGUUUGAAUGAAGGCGAAAGUGUUGCCAUGACAACUAAUGGACAGAGAGCUAAUGGUAGGGAUGUUUUGCUGACAUUAGGACCUCUGUCCCCUCCCACUUCCCUGCAUUGUGCUUCCAGUUUCUCUGCCUCCAGUUCCCGCCUCUUGGAUUCAAGUGAGGAUGUGUUCCAGGGAUUGGUUGGGCCUUGUGAUGGACAAACACAAGACUCCUCCCACUGGGUAACAGAACAGGACGAUUCAGUGACCACGCAGCUAUAGUGAUGCUAGUCUGUACUGUACAGCACUUUUGUUAUAAAAAUAAUCAGUGAUGAUGAUAUCAAUAACUAUUACCUUACCAACAACAACCAAUUCUUUUGUUUAUUGCAUU